AUGGGUAUCAUAAAGGUUAUCUUUUGCAGCAUUUUGGUUUUUCAUAUUUUGGUCGUAGUGAGCAGUGAAGAGAAAAAAACUGAAGAAGAAUUCAUCAGACAAUUAUUUGAUCCUUCAUCUGGACUGUUAACUGAGGAUACGGUAAACCAUCUGAAGGAAGAGGAUGCCUCUAAGAUCUGGCAUUCAACAUACAUGCCGGCGUCACCUUCAUCUAGAAGAUAUCUGGGUCAAAUUUUUCCAAAGCAACUAUCAGAAACAGCGAACAAGCAACACGAAUUACAUAUAAGCAUUAAAGUUAAAGAAGAUACAAAAGCAUCCGGAACUAGCAUGGCAAUACCUCUAGUGGUAGCAGUUGUAGCUGUGGUAUUUGUCAUUUUAUGUUGUUAUAGAUGUUGUGGGAGUGGACAAGUUAGCCAAAAUGAUGAGAGACCCCUUCUAAGCAUGAGCAUGAAUGACUACUCAGUUGGUAAUACAAAAGUUUCAUUCUUGAAGCGAUAUUUGAAUGUUACAGGUUCUUCUUCGAACAGUAAUAUUCAAUUCAAAAGCUCAAUGAAAGAAGGAGAAAUCGGUAUUCAGUCGUCGAGUAUUCGAUCAGUUGAUGAGAAGAGAAACUCUGUGUCGUUGAAUGAAAGUGAAUCGGGAGAAGUUGGUAGUUGUUCUGUGAGAGCAUCAUUUGAACUAAAACCUCCUCCUGGGAGAGCAGUGUCAAAUAAUGGAUUGCUUCCUUUGAAACCUCCUCCUGGAAGGCCUGAUCUUCUUCCUCCUCCUCCUGGAAGGUCUGAUCUUCUUCCUCUGAAACCUCCACCUGGAAGACCAGAUCUUGCUCCUUCUCCACCUCCUCCACCUCCUCCACCUCCUCCACCUCCUCCAUCUCCUCCUUCUACUUCUAAUUCUGCACCACCUCCUCCUCCUCCUCCUCGUGCACCACCAAAGCCUACCGGUGCUGGUCCUCCACCUCCUCCACCUCCUGGCCACGGCCCUGGCCCUAGAGCACCACCCCCUCCUCCUGGAAAAGGCCCUAGAGCUCCACCACCACCUCCAUUUAGAGCCAAGCCUGGUCCUCCUGGUGCUGGUCCUAGACCUCCUCCACCGCCAGGUGGUGGUGCAGGUCAUGCAAGAGCUCCUUCCAAUCCAAAGGUUGUCGAGGAAGCCGAUUACGAAGGUGAAGGGUAUGUUCCUAAAACUAAGUUAAAGCCUUUCUUCUGGGAUAAGGUUCAAGCUAACGAUCAAGCAAUGGUAUGGAAUCAACUCAAAGCAGGAUCGUUCCAGUUUAAUGAAGAAAUGAUCGAGACACUCUUUGGCUUUAAUUCUGCGAGUACGGAAAAAGGAAAGGGCCAACCAAAAAAAGAGGCUUCCCCAACUCCCCAACUUAUACAAAUCGUUAACGCAAAGAAAGCACAGAAUUUGUCUAUUCUAUUAAAAGCAUUGAAUGUCACCGCAGAUGAAGUUUGUGAUGCACUUCUUGAAGGAAAUGAGCUUCCCACAGAAUUCCUUCAAACAUUGUUGAAGAUGGCACCGACGCAGGACGAAGAACUUAAGCUUAGAGUUUUCAGUGGUAAUCUAGCCCAACUCACCCCUGCAGAUAGGUUCCUUAAAGCCAUAGUUGACAUUCCUUGUUCUUUUAAACGAAUGGAAGCAUUAAUUUACAUGGGUACUCUUCAAGAGGAUCUCACCAGUACACGAGAUUCCUUUGCAAUUUUAGAGGUUGCUUGUAAAAAGCUGAGAAGUAGUCGAUUAUUCCUGAAACUUCUUGAAGCUGUUCUGAAAACUGGGAAUCGUAUGAACGAUGGGACAUUUCGUGGUGGUGCACAAGCAUUCAAACUUGAUACACUGUUGAAACUAUCUGAUGUGAAAGGAGUAGAUGGGAAGACCACACUCUUGCACUUCGUUGUUCAAGAGAUAGUACGCACUGAGGGCAUAAGAGCAGCACGCAUGGCAAAAGAGAAUCACAGUUUCUCCAGCGUAAAAACAGAUGACCUUCUUGAGGACGUCUCGAUUGAAUCAGAUGACCACUAUCGCGAACUUGGUCUUCAAGUGGUUUCAUAUUUAAGCACUGAACUUGAAAGCGUGAAGAAAGCAGCAGCUUUAGAUGCUGAUGGGUUGGUAGGAACAACUUCAAGAGUAGGGCAUGGUCUGAUAAAAACAAGAGACUUUGUAAACAAAGAGUUGAGCAAUACGAAGGGUGAUAAAGGGUUUUGUGAGACAGUGAAGAGCUUCGUAGAGAAAGCUGAGGCUGAUGUCAAAAGUUUGCUAGAAGAGGAGAAGAAAAUCAUGGGUCUGGUGAAGAGCACUGGUGAUUACUUUCAUGGGGAUACAGGGAAGGAUGAAGGGUUGAGAUUAUUUAACAUAGUACGCGAUUUCUUAGUAAUGUUGGAUAAGGUGUGCAAGGAGAUACAACUUGCACCACCAAAGAAGCCAGCACCAAAAAGUGCUAAGCAAGAAACACCUAAUCAUUCUAGAAAACCUUCUUCCUCUGAUAAUCUUCCUCCUGCUCAUGAUUUAAUUCGUCAAAGAAUUUCUCCAGUAAUUGCAAAUAGGAGGACAGAUGAUUUUAGUUCAGAUGAUGACAGUCCUUAAUUAGGUUUAAGUUGGAAGUGCUAUUUGUAAAACUCCUCCUUUCUUUGCCCGUGUCCUUGUUGUAUAGCUUUAAUGUUGUAAUAGAGUCACCACUUGCUUACACUUGUCUAAUUUUGAAGGGAAGAUAUUGUCUUGUUAAUCAUUUAAAUGUAGAUUCAUCUUUUUAUC